CUCCCCCUUUCUCGUUGCCGCUCGCAACUGGGGAAGGCCGCAACCCCCUCGGCCCCCGGCACGGCAGCGCGCGGCUGCCCCCACCACCACCACCACCACGGCACCACCAGCGUGGCAGCGACGUUGCCUUGCCUGCCGUCCUGGGGCGUCCUUUGCCUACUUAACACGCCGCGCAUUCCGCAGGCGAGCUCAAGCUGGUGGGAUUGGCCCCGUCUCGGCGGAACAAGUGCACGCGACCGGCCGGGCAGCAGGCAUUAUUAUUUCCCGCUAGCUGCUGCCAACAAGAGACGGAGACGACGACGACGACGACGGCAGCCACUGUACCAAGGCGAUCGAGCUCCCGCGACCUGUGUGUGCGCCGGCGGGCGGCCCGGUGUUGGCCGAUUCGAAUUCGACCUCGACGCGAUGGGGUUCCACCUGCUUGCGUUCGUGGCGGCGAGGGGGCUCAUGCAGGUGUUCAACCUCUCGGCGCCGCUCAACCUGCGGCUGCCGCUCGCGCGCCACCUUCCCGAGGCCUUCGCCGUCCUGUGCGUCGUGCUCGCCUCGCACGCCGCGUGGGUCAACGACGCCCUGGCGCGCGGCGCCGCCUGGAGCCACAGCGGGAGCCGGGGCGGCGUCGACGAGUACGUCCGCUACGCCAUGCUCAGCAUCUCCGACUGACGCCGCACUGAUCGAUGACGGACGACGCGACGACGAUCGAGUGGACGACGGCCAGGCGCGUCCGUCCUUUGCUAGCUUAAUUAGCUUAGGAGAUAUGAUCUCUUCCUCCCCUUGUAAUACACACUGCUCGCUCGUUUGGUUUCUUCUUGCUCGUAGCUAGCAUGAUUUUUGAUAGCAUCGAAAAGAUUGGGAUCAGGGAGAUUGUUGUAACAUGCAACCGUCGUUGUUGGCGCAAAUACAAGUGAAUUUUUUGUUCGACUGA